UGCGCAUGCGUGUCGCGGAUGCAUUAACAAGCUAGCAGAAGCAUAACUUAAAAUCAUGUCUGAGAAAGGAGAAGUGGAUUUAACUGGUGCCAAGCAGAACACGGGUGUGUGGCUUGUAAAGGUGCCUAAAUACCUUUCUCAGCAAUGGGCAAAAGCGACUGGCAGAGGCGAGGUCGGGAAACUCCGCAUCUGCAAGAAAGGAAACCAAGGAAAAGCAGAGGUGUCUUUCACUUUGAACGAAGAGCUGACUGUGAUUGAGGGUGUAGAAGAUAAGACAGUGUCUGCGCCCCGCGAGCACCCAUUCACCAUGCAGUCAGUGGGAGGUCAGACAUUGGCGGUCUUCACCGAGACUUCAUCAGGCCAGUCAGAAGAGCGAUCUGAUGGCAGCAGCUCAGGUUCGGGGGCGGGGGCAGGUCCAGAUAAAAUAGCCUUGGAGGGAGUUGUAGUGCAGAGAGCAGAGUGCAGACCUGCUGUCAGUGAAAGCUAUAUGAGGCUGAAGAGGUUACAAAUUGAAGAGUUGUCCAAGCCAGUCAGGCUGUCACAACAGUUGAAGAAUCCUGUCACCAACAACUACAAACCUGUGGCCAACCAUACUUACAAUCUUGAGUAUGAGAGGAAAAAGAAGGAGGAGGGCAAGAGAGCAAGAGCUGACAAACAGCAGGUGCUGGACAUGUUGUUUUCUGCUUUUGAGAAGCACCAGUACUACAACAUCAAAGACCUGGUGGAUAUCACCAAACAGCCUGUGAUUUACUUGAAGGAAAUCUUGCGUGAUAUUGGCAUCUACAAUGUGAAGGGAACACACAAGAAUACCUGGGAGCUCAAGCCCGAAUACAGACAUUACCAAGGCGAGGAUAAGACUGACGAAUAGCUCCUGACCUUCCCAAGGCUGAUACACCACCUCUUCAUUUGAUGGGGGUCCCUCCUGUAACAGGCCUUGGUUGGAUGUGGGAGUUUUGAUUUCCUUGCAUCAGGUCUGGAAAAAGAACAUGCUGGAGGAUGAGGUUAACAGAUGGAUUUGUUUUAUCCUUGUAGGGAAAAUUUUAAGUUGUACCCAAGUGUGCAUCAUUUCCCUUGCAACUCCAGCACAAAAUCAAGGAAAAUCCCCCUGUAAUUGAAUUAGUUCUAUCCAGAGGAACAGGAUGUAGCAUUUUAGGAAGCAGAUGAUGCCUUUACAAGCUGUUGUCACUGAUCAACAUUCUGAUAGUAUACAGAGGUAAGGGGGUUUAAAGCUCACAAGGAUGGAUGUGACAGUUGGCUUUCACCACUAAGUUGAUGUGCAGAGGAACUUCCUUGUGAGAAGUCUUUAAAUGACUGUUCCUCCUUAAUACAAUAAGGUCUCUGCAGCAAGACUUGGGAAAAUUUUAGGUUACCGUAGUAACCUUUUGUGCACCUGUUGCAUUAGCCAAUGUAAUUUUUAACAUGUUUUGUUAGAAAUAAAUGUUUCUAAAAUUUGCUAA